AUCCAAUCCAAUUGCAAAUAUCCAAUCCAUAAAAAAUCCAUGAUUGAUGAUCCAUCGAGUUCAUCUCCUGACUCUAAAAUCUCUCAUCUAAAAAACGGUCAACCGUUCCGGUUUACGCAGAGACUGGGUAGCCAUGAGUAGUUCAGGGGACGAAAAAUAGGAGGAUUUUCCAAAAAAAACCAAGCAAACGCAAAUAUGAUCCACCCGGGAGCUAGUUUCAAUUUUCAUGGCUGAAAGGAAUCUUGAGGCCAUCACCAACAUGACCAUGACCGAGAAGGAGAUUUGCCGGAAGGUCGUCCACCUCGACGUCGAAUGGAGUCUUGUGGACAGGGCCGCGCUCCUCCGACGCUUCUUUCGGGUCCUUUGCAAUCGUUUUCUCGUUUGUUCUGUGGGGAAGCCGUCCAGGUACCGGCGGUUGCCUCGUAGUGUGUCUGUUCCGUCUCCGGUUGCGUUAGAGCGUGCUUUGGUGUCCGGGGACUUGGCAUCGGCGUCCGAUGAUCAUGAUGUCGAUCCGGAUUUGGUGAGCCUCAAGAUUAGCGUGAUGGGUGAUUGUCAGAUUGGAAAAACUAGUUUUGUGACCAAGUAUGUGGGAGAUGGGCAAGAACAGAAAAGCGUGCAGAUGGAAGGACUGAAUUUAAUGAACAAAGUAUUAUUUGUUAGAGGUGCAAGGAUUGGUUUUAGUAUUUGGGAUGUAGGAGGUGAUCAUAAUAAGUCUCUUGAUCAUGUUCCACUUGCAUGUACAGAUGCAGCAGCAAUCUUCUUCAUGUUUGAUCUUACCAGUCGAUGUACUCUGAAUAGUGUUCUUGGCUGGUAUCGUCAUGCAAGGAAAUGGAAUCGGACGGCGGUUCCUGUACUAAUCGGGACCAAAUUUGAUGAUUUCGUCGACCUCCCCUUGGAUCUCCAAUGGACAAUAGUUAGCCAGGCAAGAGAUUACGCGCGGGCAAUGAAAGCAACCCUCUUCUUCUCGAGUGCCACCCACAACAUAAACGUCAACAAGGUCUUCAAAUUCAUCACAGCCAAACUCUUCAACUUGCCGUGGACAGUGGAGCGAAAUCUGACAGUUGGAGAACCCAUAAUUGAUUUCUAAUGGUUUCUUGGCCGUAAAGAUCUCACUGGCAGUCGAUCUGUAAAUAGCAAAUUCACUUUAGUUCCAGUAAAAGAACGACCGGAGAUGAUUGGUCUCCCGGGUUGUUUAGUCGUUAAGUCCCCAGUAACAGAAACUUGGAUUUGGGUUUGCGUUUACUUUUGUCUGAAUUUGUGUGGAGGAAGAAGAAGAAAAUUGCAGAGAGUAGAGACCACGUCUCCAUUCCUGAGUACCCACACGGGUGUUAGACGUAUUCUCAAACAGAGUAACAACCACAAAACUCAAAAGGAAGGAUAAAAGAAAACAAAGGGUACAAGGAUGGAUAGACACCAUGUUUGAAUAGACACCACGUCUCCUUUCCGCGUUCAAUGAAUCCUGAGUGUUCAUAUGAAUAUGAUCAUAUCUGUGGGCACAGUGGGCCAAACUGGUUUACCAAAUUAUUCAAACAAAAGAAAAAAGAAAGAAAACCAGAAGAUGAUCAUCAGAUGCAGAUGGAGAUGGGGUCAAUCUCUCUAAGCCCUUCAUUUUUCUUUUUGUUUUUGUUGGGACCCACGUGAUGUCUGUUGUGGAUAUUGCACCUUGUCUAUUGUAUAUGGAGUAAUGAAGGUCCCAACCUGGGGAAUUCCCUUUUGCAAAAUGCUAGAUAGAAAUGUAAUCUUAUGACAAACCAUGUGUGUGUGUGAAUGAAGAGGAAGGGCACCUUCCUAUUCCCUUUUCCAGGAAAGCAUUGUGAUUUGUAUGUGAAAACGUAAAAGAAAAUACUAAACUGGUGUGAUGUAUUAAA